GAAACACUUGAAAAUUAAACAGAGAAUCCACUGCAUAUAUUCUUCUUGAAAAUUUCCAUUGUAUAUGUUCAGAACUUUCUGAAUAAGAAUAAGGAUUUGAAGGUGCUAACAGAGCAGGGAACAAGCUAAAAGGACAGCAGUAGAUGUGGAGAGGCCAUGGAGCAUCCACCAACCAGAUAAUCAUCGCUGGAAUAACUGGAGGUGUCUGGAUGUAGGCUGCAGAAGUCCUGAAGGUUGAUGGAGGGCCAUGCUAUUCAAACAGCAGGCAUGGCUGAGACAGAAGCUCCUGGUGCUGGGAAGCCUUGCCGUUGGGAGUCUCCUGUAUCUAGUCGCCAGAGUUGGGAGCUUGGAUAGGCUACAACCCAUUUGCCCCAUCGAAGGCCGGUUCGGAGCCCGUGGUCAGGCUGAAUUCCCCCUGCGCGCCCUGCAGUUUAAGCGUGGCUUGCUGCACGAGUUUCGGAAGGGCAACUCUUCCAAGGAGCAGGUACGCCUUCAUGACCUGGUCCAGCAGCUCCCCAAGGCCAUUAUCAUCGGGGUGAGGAAAGGAGGCACCAGGGCCCUGCUUGAGAUGCUGAACCUCCAUCCGGCAGUGGUCAAAGCCUCUCAAGAAAUCCACUUUUUUGACAAUGAUGAGAAUUAUGCCAAGGGUAUUGAGUGGUAUAGGAAAAAGAUGCCUUUUUCCUACCCUCAGCAAAUCACAAUUGAAAAGAGCCCAGCAUAUUUUAUCACGGAGGAAGUUCCAGAAAGGAUUUACAAAAUGAACUCAUCUAUCAAGUUGUUGAUCAUUGUCAGGGAGCCAACCACAAGAGCUAUUUCUGAUUACACUCAGGUGCUAGAGGGGAAGGAGAGGAAGAAUAAAACCUAUUACAAGUUUGAGAAGCUGGCUAUAGACCCUAAUACCUGCGAAGUGAACACAAAAUACAAGGCAGUAAGAACCAGCAUCUACACCAAACAUCUGGAACGGUGGUUGAAGUACUUUCCAAUUGAGCAGUUUCACAUCGUCGAUGGAGAUCGCCUCAUCACGGAACCCCUGCCAGAACUUCAACUCGUGGAGAAGUUCCUAAAUCUUCCCCCGAGGAUAAGUCAAUACAAUUUGUAUUUCAAUGCUACCAGAGGGUUUUACUGCUUGCGAUUUAACAUUAUCUUUAAUAAGUGCCUGGCGGGCAGCAAGGGGCGCAUUCAUCCAGAGGUGGACCCCUCUGUCAUUACCAAAUUGCGCAAAUUCUUUCACCCUUUCAAUCAAAAAUUUUACCAGAUCACUGGGAGGACAUUGAACUGGCCCUAAAAUAAUGUCAUACAACACUAUGUGUUGUGCCUGGGGACACACAAUGUCUCGUCUGGAUUAAAAUAUGCACUUUUCCUAUAGACACAACUGUCCAAGUCAUUUUUCCAUGUAUACUUGUACAUACGCAGUGUGUGACCAAAUAUAAGAUCAGCUCUUUUUCUACUGAAAAUUUACAAAAACAAAAAACAAACCAAUUUGCUGUCUACAUAGUUGCAUCUUUUAUGCUAUUUACAAAAAGAAGAGGUGGUGGUACUGGGGGAAAGUGACUUCAGCUAUUCUCAAAGAGUUAGUCUUCCUCUGAGUCAGAAUUUGUCGCCUGCCAUUUUCAUAGAUUUAAGCCAAAAGAUUAACAUGUGAAAAUGUACCAAUGGCUGUGAAGUUUCAGGAAGUAGAGGAUUCGGUUAUGCAUUCUUUUCUAAGGGAAAGCUGACUCUUUAAUUCAGAUGCUGAAUUGAUGCCAUGAAAACAGAAAAUACUAUUUUCUUAUUAUUUAAAAAAAUGUCUUAUCUCAUAAAAUUGACAUCGUUCCAAAGUUCCUGUGGUGAUUUUGCACUAUCGUUUUCUCAUAUGGACCAUGGUGUCACUUGUAGCAUGUCAGUCACACAUCGGAAAGUCAAGUCCUUUUACUUCCGUGUUCUAUGUCAACAAAGAGAAAUGUCAUGUACAUAGUGUAUAUAGUUGUAAAUACUGGUUUCACACUAAGUAAUUCUAUUUUGUAAACUGAAUAUGGCUAUUUAAUUUAUUGUGAAAAUUAAAUUUA